AUGCAGAUCCCUAUUUCCAUCCUCCUGGGCCCCCUUGCCAUUCAGGCCGUCAACGUCGUCCUGUCGAACGACGACGGCUGGGCCGAGAAGAAUAUCCGCGUCUUCUAUGAUGCCCUCACCAGCGCAGGCGAGAGCGUGAUCAUCUCUGCCCCGGCCGACAACAGGUCCGGCACAGGCUCAUCGGAUGCUACGCCCGGAACAGUGACCUCGGGCUGCGAGUUCAACAGCUGUCCGGCUGGGAGCCCGGCAUAUGGGUCGAACAGCUCCAACCCUCGCCUCAACUAUGUUAAUUCCUACCCUGUUACGGCCAUAAGAUACGGCAUCCAGACUCUCUCGCCAAAGUUCUUCGGUGGCGCCCCUGAUAUCGCGGUAGCUGGAUACAACGUCGGAGCAAACCUCGGCUCCACAACCCUCAUCUCCGGUACGGUCGGCGCAGCCACCGAGGCAGCCUUGGAAGGCAUCCCAGCAAUCGCCUUCAGCGGCACCUCGGGCUCGCAAGUGUCUUACACCACCGCUACUCAGACUUACCAGACCGUCUAUGCUCAGCUCUCCACAAACGUCACCACCACGCUCGUCGACUCCGGCAAGCCCUACCUGCCCAGCGGCAUCUGGCUUAACGUCAACUACCCGACCGUCAGUAGCAGCACCUGCUCGUCCGCGUCGCGUUUCAAGUUCGUCCUGUCGCGCAUCAACUCGGCCUCUUCGUCGACGGCCGCCGACGUCAGCACUUGCGGGUCCACUAGGCUCCCCACUGAGAGCUCUGUCGUUGGCACGUCGGGAUGCUAUGCAAGCAUCAGUGUUGGUGUGGCGAGUAACAAGCAGGAUGCAACUGCUGCCGCGCAGGCUGUUGUGCUUGGCAAGCUGCAGUCUAUUCUCUCCUGCUUGCCUUGA